GUCACGUCCUGUACCUGUCAUUUCCGGAGAUGAAAGAACACUGCACAUCCAAUGGAUUAAUAAAUGACAGUAGCUGCUAAUCAUUUCAACCACUAAAAACCGAUUUGAUUAUCAAAACGGAUAUUCGUGACGCUUGUUUUUUUGUUUGUUCCCAGGCUAUAUAUUUGCGUCGGUGUCCACUAAUGACUGUCCUCCUAAAAAUUUGUGUUUUCAGGUCUGAAUAACUAGCUAGCUAGUUUGCUAGCUACCCAAUGCUAGCUGCUUAGCUGAUACAUUUCUGUGACCUAAUUUAGCUAACGUUAGCUGGCUACUUAGCGAUACAAAAUGUGUUGAAAAUUAAGCUUUGAUUUGGUUUCUGUGGUUAAAAAUAAUAUUGUUUUUGUGUGUCGUCAUUAGCAUUGCCGGGAUGUGUUUACUUAUUCCUUUGCAGGCACGACUUUACGCUUCGAAUCAUUUGGCUGUACUAACGUUAGCAGUAGAAGGUCAAUAUUGUUGAUGCCAGCUACAGCUAACUAUAGUGGAAUACUUCUCAACAAACCGUUAGGCCUAUGCGCAAUGAGAUGUAAAGCUACUGUUAGGCUAUUCGAUAUGAGAUGUAAACAGAGUGGGGGCUUCAGCUAUCCAGAUUCACAGUUGUUCAUUAGUUAGCUAGCUAGUCAUUAGCUAACAGGAAAAGUAGCCAUACCCAGUGUUGGCUGAAGUUAACCUUACUCGAACACUUGAAAACACCUCAAUAAUAACAGCCAAUACUUGGAAUAUGGAUUUCAUGUGGACUUCAGCCAUACUACAAAAUCACCUGAUUCUACUUUCAAAAUAACAUUUUCAGACGACCGUCUUAAUUUCAGAUUUUUGCUGACAGGAAAACUUUCAUGUUUUGUUUUGGAGAGUAGGGGUUGGCUUUGGAUCAAUUGUUGAUUUUUGCAUGUGUUAUAGUUUAAUAUUUUUGCAAAUAGUAUCCUCUCACAGUAGAAAAUGAAUGGCCUAUCUGUCAGUGAGCUAUGCUGCCUGUUCUGCUGCCCUCCCUGUCCGAGCCGUAUUGCCGCCAAGCUUGCCUUCCUGCCUCCUGAGCCUACAUAUUCCCUCUUGCCGGACCUCGAUGGGUCUGCGGCCCCAGGGACAGCAGGGUCAGCGGGGCUGAGAUCCAGGGGAGGGGUACCUGGAGCAGCUGUAGGGGGUUCAGGCAGCAAUGGUCCUGCAGAGGGCAAAUGGAAGCUCCACCUGACAGAGCGAGCUGAGUUUCAGUACUCCCAGAGAGAGCUGGAUGCUACAGAGGUGUUCUUCACCCGCUCCAGCCGUGGCAAUCGAGUGGGCUGCAUGUACAUCCGCUGUGCACCCACCGCCAGGUUUACAGUGCUGUUCUCCCAUGGUAACGCGGUGGACUUGGGCCAGAUGAGCAGCUUCUAUAUCGGCCUGGGCACACGCAUCAACUGCAACAUCUUCUCCUACGACUACUCCGGCUACGGUGUCAGCACGGGCAAGCCUUCCGAGAAGAACCUCUACGCUGACAUUGAAGCCGCCUGGCAGGCCCUGCGCACACGAUAUGGCAUCAGCCCAGAGAACAUAAUCCUGUAUGGGCAAAGCAUUGGCACCGUUCCCACGGUUGACCUGGCAUCACGGUAUGAGUGUGCUGCUGUGGUGCUCCACUCCCCCCUCACCUCUGGCAUGCGGGUGGCCUUCCCAGACACCAAGAAGACAUACUGCUUUGAUGCUUUUCCCAACAUUGAGAAGGUGUCUAAGAUCACGUCACCGGUGCUGAUCAUCCACGGGACUGAGGAUGAGGUGAUCGACUUCUCCCACGGUCUGGCUCUGUUCGAGCGCUGUCCCAAGGCCGUGGAGCCACUUUGGGUGGAGGGGGCGGGACACAACGACAUCGAACUGUACAGCCAGUACCUGGAGCGCCUGCGCCGCUUCAUUGGCCAGGAGCUGGCCGCACAGCACGCCUGAACACCCCCACACCGCCUCCAGGCUCCAACCCUCCUCUGGCUCUCCUCUGUUCCCCUGGGUCUCCUCUGUUCCCCUGGGUCUAAGUGGGUCAGGAGGAGUGGAUGGCUGGGCUCUCAGAAUGAAUGAUCCUUCACCUUUUGGGGCGACUUUGUCUGGAUGUUCGGCAGCCCUGUCUUUUAGUUGUUUUCCUAUUUUUCUGUCUCUGUCACCUGUCAUUAAUCCUGGUCAGAGAAUCUAUUCCACCUCCCGCCCCUUGGACAGUGCAAGAAUGCACCCAGGCAUGGAGGACUCUACCUUCUGCCUGUUUUAUUUCUGCCUGUCUAAAGCCCCUCUCUAUUACCCCAGGCAUGGAGGGCUCUCUACCUUCUGCCUGUUUUAUUUCUGCCUGUCUAAAGCCCCUCUCUAUUACCCCAGGCAUGGAGGGCUCUCUACCUUCUGCCUGUUUUAUUUCUGCCUGUCUAAAGCCCCUCUCUAUUACCCCAGGCAUGGAGGGCUCUCUACCUUCUGCCUGUUUUAUUUCUGCCUGUCUAAAGCCCCUCUCUAUUACCCCAGACAUGGAGGGCUCUCUACCUUCUGCCUGUUUUAUUUCUGCCUGUCUAAAGCCCCUCUCUAUUACCCCAGGCAUGGAGGGCUCUCUACCUUCUGCCUGUUUUAUUUCUGCCUGUCUAAAGCCCCUCUCUAUUACCCCAGGCAUGGAGGGCUCUCUACCUUCUGCCUGUUUUAUUUCUGCCUGUCUAAAGCCCCUCUCUAUUACCCCAGGCAUGGAGGGCUCUCUACCUUCUGCCUGUUUUAUUUCUGCCUGUCUAAAGCCCCUCUCUAUUACCCCAGGCAUGGAGGGCUCUCUACCUUCUGCCUGUUUUAUUUCUGCCUGUCUAAAGCCCCUCUCUAUUACCCCAGGCAUGGAGGGCUCUCUACCUUCUGCCUGUUUUAUUUCUGCCUGUCUAAAGCCCCUCUCUAUUACCCCAGGCAUGGAGGGCUCUCUACCUUCUGCCUGUUUUAUUUCUGCCUGUCUAAAGCCCCUCUCUAUUACCCCAGGCAAAAACGACCUCAAACAGGUUAGGUGUUCUAAACACAUGUACUGUAUAUCAUCUUCUGAGACGUUUACACAUGAUUCAAUUUGAACUAACAACCCUAACAUGGGCAAAUCAUUGAGUAAUGAAAGUCUGUUUUGAGCACUGACAUUUUGGUAUUUAAUUUGAAUGGGGAAUGUGUGUAUUUCUCUUUUCUAACACAACGAUGACACUGAGCCACUACUUUACAAAUCCUGUGGUGUUGACGUAUGAGUAUAACUGUCCUAUUUGAAAGCAGGUUUGUUGCUAAUGUUUUUUGUGGAAUCUUUUUUCUUUGCUCUCCUUCUCUUUCUCUCCUCCUGUCUCAUCCUCUCUUCCUCUGUCUCAUUUACAAUUAAGCUGUCAGAUUAAUAGUCCAUGUCUAUGAAUAAUUUCUUUCAUAGACAAAUCUUACGUUUUUAUAAUUAUUAAGCAUGGUUUAAUUCUAAUCUAAAAAGUGAUUAGAGCAUAAGUCAUUUUUAAAAAGUUGCUGAAUGUUGCUUUGGCUAAAGUCCAAAAUCUCUCUGCCAAAUUAAUUGUUUCAAAAGCAUCAUUAAGUCGCUAACAUCUCUCUAAGACGUGAUUGAUUUCUAACUCGGCAACCACUCUCAUGUUUCACUCCCUGAUUCAUAUUCUACAGUAGUUGUACUACAAUUGAUGUUAUGAACAUGUGAGUUUACCUUUAGAACACAAACUAAGUCCUGCCAUGUUCUCUGAGUUAAGGAGGCAUUAGUUGGCCUAUACUCACACAGAACUCAAUUCACAUCUUACUGGGUUUCUAUAUGGGAUGUUUUCCAAUGGAUUUUUAAAAUCUUUGUAAGUGAUUUAGAGUUGUGCAUAUUCAAUUUCACUUGAGUUAUUUCAUCCCUCUAAAAACACAAAAUCAUUGUAAAUUACUAGGCUUAUGCUGGUAAUGGCCAUUCGCAUAGUAAAUUGGGUCAGGUCAGUUGAGAUUAAGCUGGUUGGGUGGAUGGAGUAUUAACUGAACUUGCUGCUAAAGAUGAGGAUAAAUGGAUUGAAAAGGGUCAAACCCUCCACAUCCAUUAUAUACAUUAAUGCUGCUUAGUUUGAGGGGAAAUGUAACAGUCAUACAUGUUAUUUUACGCUGUACAGUGGAAUGGAUCCAGUGAUGUACAGUACUCUUUGCUGGUGUCAUGUUGCAUGUUUGAUUGGUUGCUCUUUUGCUUCAUGUUAGGGGUAAUAACACUUCAUUAUAACACUAGUAGAGCUAUGGAAUAAGAUGUGCUCUAAUUUAUUAUUCACUAGGUUUAUUUCCAGCAGGCUCCCUUUUCAGCUCCAACUAGCCCUUUUCACUGACUUCCUACUGUUGCCACUCUAUUUCAGACAGACUUAAGAUUCCACAAUUUCUGACCGACUGUGUGAAAGUCGACCGAAUGCCCAACUUCCCUGGCAUACAGGGUCCACCACCACUCACAAGAUAGUGGAGGUCCUUUGUUUGGGUUGGGUUUUUGGGGGAGUCAGGAUUACUUGUAGACAGCAGUCAAAUUUUAACAGUAAAUGUUCUGUCUUGAACAAAGCAUACCUCUUAUAUUGUUAUGUUCAUCAGAACCAAAGAAAGUCCUUCAUCACCCAUAGUACUUGUUGUCCAUCACCAUAUAAACAGUUAGGGAACAAAAGUUGUGCGCCCUGAAUCAGCCAGGAUAUGCUCUUGUUCAAGCUGCUAAUAGUUUGGUUUGGGACAGCUUAAGCGUGUUUACUCUCUAUGAACGAUUGUAUGGAGAAUACAAGCAAUACAGCAGAUUUGUGUGUGUCUGGGUGGCCUGAGAGAGGAGUGUGUGUAGCAGAUGAUGGACUGUACUUCGAGUGUAAGGAGUUCCAGACACACAUUCAGAGCUUUUGUUUAAAGAAACUAAGUUAUAGAAAUGUAUUUUUUAUUCAAAUGUGUUUACUAUAUUACAUUGUUUGCAGAUUGUUUAUUUUUUUGCUGAGGGUUAGGAUCCAAGUGGAUGAUGGGGGUUGGUAUGUUAUUGUAUCCAGUUAUGCAUUGUUUAUUAUUUACAACUUUGUUAUAUUUAGUUUUAAAUGUUUUCCUCACCCUCCCCCCACAAAAAAACAUCUUCGAAAAUAAAAUAAGUAAUUGAUAAAAUUUGA